AUUCUACGAGAAGGAAAACCGGAAGCGUCAAGCCUACGACUAUGGCAAGGGAGCGGAGCGAACGGCUAGAGAAAGACAGCUCUCCGAUGUCGGUGUGCGAGACUCCUGCGGGGUUUCCUGGACUGAACGGGUCGACAGGCUUAGUUAGCUAAGGAGGAGUUCAGGAAUCGCAAAGGACCUCUUCACUGCUGUUUCCCAGCGGUAGUGGGCUUCUUGGCGACACUUCAUACAGGUGUUGACGUGUGGACUUCUACUCUCUUGGGUCGCUUCUCGUCCCUUCUUACCCGGACUGCACCUAGAAAACCAUUCCAGCUAUGGAGCUAUCACCGAGGAACGCCAGGCAACGGCGGCGGGAAGCUAGCAGAAACUCGGCAUACCUCGAGAAGGGAACGACACUAUCGCCGGCACGGAUGGCCGCUUUUUUCUCGUUGGGCAUUCUCUGCACGAAAGUUCUCUGCAUCCAGGCCGACGCAAUCUUCUUCUCCAAGGAGCCCAAAUCUCAGGACGCCUUACACGGACGCAGCGCCAUGCUGCGGUGCGAGGUGAGCGGAGCGGCUGACGUUCGCUACAGCUGGCUGCACAACGGCGAGCCCGUGCUCGACUCAGAGCGGCGCUUUCAGGAAGGCAACAACCUCAAGUUCACCGCCGUGGACCGCCACCUGGACUCAGGGGCCUUCCAAUGUGUGGCCACAGACGCCGUGUUGGGGGAGGAAGCUCGCUCCAACAACGCGUCCUUCAACAUUAAAUGGUUGGAAAGUGGAGGUGUGACCCUGAAAGAGCCAGCCUCCGAAGCUGAGAUUGAGAGCUCUCAGCCAGUCACAUUACGCUGCCACAUUGACGGACACCCUCGGCCCACCUGCAAGUGGUACAAAGACGGUGUCCAGCAAACGGAUAAGACUCACCAGAUCAACAGUAAGGAGCGCACCCUGACCCUGAGGAACGCCAGCCCGGACGACAACGGGCUGUACUACUGCUGUGCCCGCAACGCUGCAGGACAAGUCUGCAGCAACAGCAACUUCACACUCAACAUCAUAGAUAAGAGCUUCCCACGUCCGGUGGUCAGGCCUGAUGACCAGGUGGUCUUGCGGAACGGCGAGGCCAUCUUCCACUGCCAGUUCACAGCAGAUCCUCCUCCCAUAGUGGAGUGGUUCCACGAGUCAGAACCCGUGGUCAACAAAACCCGGUUGAUCCUCUAUAGCAAUGGCACACUGCACAUCCUCCAGGUGAAGGUGCGCAGCACAGGCACGUACAGGUGUGUGGCCCACGGAGCCACCGGACGAAACAUCACUGUACAGGCCACCCUGAGUCUGGCAGAGAUUCAGGACCUGGGCCCCCCUCAGGACCACGUGUUCACCGCCAACUCUCAGGAGGCCAUCAGCUGCCGUGCGGGGGGCACACCAGAGCCCCAGGUGCGUUGGGAGAUGCCCGACGGGCAGGUCGCCGGCACCGAGGGCCGCGUCCACCAGGAGGGCAGCACCCUCCUGUUCAACCCCACGCAGAAAGGCGACUCGGGCACCUACAUCUGCACGGCCAACAACAAGGCCGGCAAGAAGAGCCAGGAGCACAGGGUCACCGUGGCAUCGGCUCCUGAGUGGGUAACUUCGCCCGAGGACACCAGCAUGAGGGAGGGGCAGCCCGGCUUCCUCCACUGCCACGCCCAGGCCACGCCCACUCCUGUGGUCACCUGGUAUCGAAACAGCAUUAUCAUCACCCUAGAGGAUUCUCGAUUCCUGCUGUUUCCCAAUGGCACCCUGCGGAUCAACAAUGUGGAGGUGUAUGAUGGUCUAAUGUAUGCCUGCCAGACCAAGACCAUAGGGGGCUUUCUCACUGGACAGGCCAAGGUCAAAGUGUUAGAGAAGCUGAAGUUCACCCCCACCCCCCAGGCCAUCCAGUGCCUGGAGCUGGAUAAGGAGAUCAGCAUCCAGUGCUCCGCCACGGGGGAGGAGCCUCCCAGCGUCCUCUGGACCAAAGCAGAUGGCAGUGAGUUGCCCCCUCGUGUUGAGCAGCGGAAUGGUGUGAUGCGUUUCAAUAAGGUAACUCGCGAGGAUGCAGGGAACUACACAUGCUUGGCCUCCAACCGCCUGCAGGGGGAGAUCCGAGCCUACGUCUCCUUCACCGUGGGGGUGUCCAUCCAGUUUAAGCUGGACCCCGAGUACACCACUGUGUACCAGGGACACACAGCCAUGCUGCACUGCCAGGCCACCGGAGACCCAGAGCCCAGCGUUCAGUGGAUGGUCAAGGACAAGAUGCUCUCAGCCAGUGCAGGAAGGUUUCAGGUCAUGCUGAAUGGCUCUCUUGUCAUCUCUGACGUGACCACAGAUGACACGGGCAGGUUCACUUGUGUGGCCGGAAACAGCUGUGGCAUCAGUGACCGUGUGGCACAGCUCUACGUCGUGGAGAAACCCCCGACAGGGUUCCCGCCAGAGGAAGAUAAAGCCCCCUAUAAGAUGAUCCAGACCAUCGGGCUGUCGGUGGGGGCCGCAGUCGCCUACAUCAUUGCCGUGCUGGGCCUCAUGUUCUACUGCAAGCAGAGACGCAACGCUAAGAGACUGCUGAAGGGACAGCAUGGAGACGAGCCAGAGAUGGAGUGCCUCAAUGGUGGCGCUUUGCAGCAGAAUGGCCUGACCACAGCAGAGAUUCAGGAGGAGGUGGCGCUGACCAGUGUAGGCACAACGGCAACUGCUGAGAAACGCCACAGCACCAACGACAAACUGCAUUUCCCCCGAGCGGACCUGCACACCAUCACCACUUUGGGGAAGGGUGAGUUUGGUGAGGUGCUGCUGGCCAAGGCAAAGGGCAUCGAGGAGGGCGAGGAGGAGACCGUGGUGCUGGUAAAAAGUCUGCAGGCGCGGGACGAGCAGCUGCAGCAGGACUUCCGCCGCGAGGCCGACAUGUUCGCCAAGCUCAGCCACCCCAACAUCGUGCGGCUGCUGGGGCUGUGCCGAGAUGCCGACCCCCACUACAUGAUCCUGGAGUAUGUGGAUCUGGGGGAUCUCAAGCAGUUCCUCAGAAUAUCCAAGAGCAAAGAUGAGAAGAUCAAGCCCCAGCCUAUCAGCACCAAAACCAAGGUGUCCAUCUGUGCCCAGGUGGCCAGUGCCAUGGAGCAGCUGUCCAGCCAGCGGUUUGUUCACCGAGACCUGGCCGCCAGGAACUGCCUGAUCAGUGGCCAGAGGCACGUCAAGGUGUCUGCCCUCGGCCUCAGCAAAGACGUCUACAACAGUGAGUACUACCACUACCGGCAGGUGUGGAUCCCCUUGCGCUGGAUGCCCACAGAGGCGGUGUUUGAGGAUGAUUUCUCCACUAAGUCGGACGUCUGGGCCUUCGGGGUGCUCAUGUGGGAAGUGUUCAGCCAUGGAGAGCUGCCUUAUGCUAAACUCAGUGAUGAUGAGGUCCUGGAAGGCCUGCAGGCUGGCAAGCUCAAGCUGCCCGCGUCGGACAGCUGCCCCUCCAAAGUGUCCAAGCUGAUGGCGCGCUGCUGGGCUCCCAGCCCCAAAGAGAGGCCCUCCUUCAGCGAGCUGGCCCAGGCGCUCACAGAGCUGCCCUCUGACAGCAAAGUCUGAGCGCUCCACUCUGCACCGCGCGACACAUACGGAAUACUUUGGACCCCCCCAGCCACCCCACCACACCCCCAUCUCUCCUUUAGCCCCAGCCCCAAGACCCGCCCGCCCGGACAAUCAAAGACAUGCUGGAUGCAGAACUGAGUCUGACACAUUUCAGGGGAGGAGAGGAGAGAGUGGGUUAUUGGAUCGGAAAAACGGAGACACUUUUGUAUUGACCAAGAUGUGUGUGUGCGCGUGUGUGUGUGUGUGUGCGUGUGUGUGUGUGUGUGUGUGUGUGUGUGUGUGUGUGUGUGUGUAUGUAUGUACGUACGUGAAAAAGGACUCAGACCCCAGGGAGCUUUUUGUUGUUUGUUUGUUUGCCUUAAUUGUGGCCAAGGCUGUUUGCACUCGUCCAUAGAGUUUCACCAUCCCACCAACCCACUGAGAUGCUUCUUUACCUCUCUCUCUCUCUCUCUCUCUCUCUCUCUCUCUCUCUCUCUCUCUCUCUCCUCCUCUCUUUCUCUCCCUCUUUUUCUCUUACUCUCUGUCUCUCUGUGGGACCCUGGGAACUGCCCAUCUCAUUGGAUGAGUACGGGAGCAGAAACUCUCAUCUGUGACCUCAGCCUUCCACCUCUGCUGUUCGGAGUACAAUCAGGAGAGAGACACUUGAGCUGAUGUCACCAUGCUGGACUCCCUUUGUGUCUGUUCAUUAUCGUAAUGCCUCUGUGCUCGUCUGGACUUGGAGUCCUUGAGUGCGGAGUCUGGUUUUAUUUACAAACCAUUUACUUGGGAGAUGAAGAUUUAGGGGUACAAGCUGAAAAACAGGAAGAAAGGUUUGGAUGAAGGGUUUGUUGUCUGUUACUUCUGGAUCAGAUCCGUACUUUAUCAGGACCUGCUUUGUGCUGCCUGCCCAAGGAAAUACUAAGAAGAAAGCUGUUAGAGGCUAGCUGUGUGUAUGCUUCCCGUGUGUCUAUGUUUGUGUGUGUUUAAAGAGAUUCAGUUAUGACUGUGCUGAUCAUCUUCACAUAUAUCUUUGCGGUGCUCUUCGGAGACAACGGUUGCCAAUGGUAACGCCACCCAGCACCUCAGCUUGUGGCCUUCUGUGAGCCUCCAUCUCUGGAUUCUCUGCAUCCUUACGGUGAGCUGACGGAAACCACAGGCAGACACCCUCUCCCUGAUGCUGGCGUGGUCCUAAUCCACAUCAUCUUUGCUGUCUGGCCUACUCUACAUGUCAAAGCCCAGAUGAAAUAUUCACCUGAAACCUGCACUAACCACACCAACUCACUUCAGAUUUCUCUUAUUUUUAUAAAGUCGUAUUGUAGAAGGAUAUGCAGGCAACCUUGUUUUUAUCACGAAGGUCCUGUGUUUUAUAUCUUUUUUUUAUUGGUUUGUUUUUAUUCUUUUUUUUCUGUCUGUGGAAAGGUACUCUGUGAUGCUUUUUAUACAGUUUAAAGUGCAUACUGCUCUUGCCCUAGCCCUCACAACACACAGUGCAGAUUGUGUUCAAUAAUGUUAUAGCUUGAUACAUCAGUCUAAGAGAGCGCUACUGACCACGAGAGACUAAAGAGAGACUAAAGGUCACCAUCACUCAGCAGAUUCUAAGUGCCUAGGAAAAAAAAUGAAGGAUUAUCUGCAUUUUCUAUUGUAUCUUAUCAAACAGCAGUGGCCUCUUUGUCUGUGAGGACCCUUUUGUAUAUCCUUUUUGUAUUUGUUUUAAUAUUUUUUUAAGUUCGGAAACAGUCCUUGUUUUACUCUGUAUUAAUGCAAGGCUCUUACACUUUGGCCUUUUUUUAAUGUGCUUUUGCAAACGGUCACAAUAAUCAACAUGUAUACUUGCUGCUCUCAUUAAAGGCCCUCACUUGUA